AUGAGGAUGCAUCUUCUCACCUUGGAUCCUAGCUACAUCAACUGUAUUGAGAAAGGACCACAUGUUCUAGUUAAAAUCAACACUGCCCUGAGACUUGAUGGAAGUGAAGCUGAAGAUGUUGAAGUGCCUAAAAAUCCUUCUGAGUUCACUAAGGAAGAUGAGAAAGAAGUGCACAAGGAUAACAAGGCUAUGAACAUUCUUUUCAAUGGUAUUGAUGAUGACAUGUUUGAUAGUGUUAUCAACUGUCCAACUGCAAAGGAAGUAUGGGACACUAUUCAAACUUUAUGUGAAGGCACUGAUCAAGUUAGGGAAAACAAAAUGCAGCUGUUUGUUCAACAGUAUGAGAGCUUUCACUCUAAAUCUGGUGAACCUCUAAAUGAUUUGUUUAACAGAUUUCAAAAACUGUUAAAUGGAUUAAAGUUGUAUGAUGAAGAACUGGAAAAGAACUCCAAGAGGGAGAAAACUGUGGCUCUUGUGGCAGAAAAAGAAGAAGAAAAGGAGAAGGCAUUAAAGUCUGUGAUUGCUGGAAAGACCUCAAGCAGCUCUGCUUGUGAAGGAAAGAAGGAUGAUGGAAAGAAGAAAGGAAAAGUCAUUGAGGAAGAUGAAGAACCUUCAGCUCAAGAUGAGCUAGAUGAUCUUGAUGAACAUCUAGCAUUUCUUUCCAGAAAAUUCUCCAAACUCAAAUUCAAAAGAAAUGUUGUCAACUCUAGACCAUUCAACAGAGGAAAUCAAUCCAAACCAUCUGGUAUGGUUGAUAGAUCAAAAUUCAAAUGCUUCAACUGUGGUCUACCUGGACACUUCUCUAAUGAGUGCAGAAGACCUUCUGCUGAAAAGAAAGGAUCCUCCUCAGAGAAUGUAGAUUACAGAAGAAAAUACUUUGAUCUACUCAAGCAAAGCAAGGAAAAGGCAUUCAUAACUGAGGAUGGUGACUGGGCUGCUGAUGAAGGUGAUUCUGACAUUGAGGAGCAUGUCAAUCUUGCUUUGAUGGCAAUUGGAGAUGAUGCUGAUUCUUCCACCACCAGCAAUGGACAGGUAAAAACAACCAACACAGCUGAUCUCACUAAAUCUGAAUGUAAACAAAUCAUUGAUGACAUGUCUAAUGAAAUCUAUAACCUUAGAGUCUCUCUUAAAUCUCUGACAAAAGAAAAUGUUAGAAUUAAAGGGACUAAUGAUUUGCUUGCUGAAGAAAAUGGAAAGCUUAAAACUGAAUUAAUCCAAAUGGAUAAAUUCAAAAAGGCUUCUGAGCUUGCCAAAGAUGAGUUGUUGGCUGUUCUAAAAAGAGAAGAGAUUCUCAAAAAGCAAUUGGAAAGGGAACAAGAAAUUAUUGCUAAAUGGAAGGAUUCUAGGAAUGUUCUUGAGAAAAUGUGCUCCACACAAGUUCUUGAGGAAACUUGUAAAAGUGUCUGGAGAAAGAACAAAAAACUGUUAGAUGAAUCUGAUCUCGUAGUGGAUAGUGAUCAUCCAUUGAUAGAUUCUCAAUCAAUGGAUGAAAGCUAUCCAUCAAAGAAUCAAACAGCAGUUGAUGAAAACAAACUCAAAAAGUUGGAUAAAAAGUAUGGGCCCAUCAAUAAGAACUUUGUGAAGGAAUCUGGUAGUUCCAAGAAGAUUGAAUAA